UCGUUUCCAACCGAAAACCUUUUUUUUUUUUGUCGAUUGUCGAACCUGUCAAGAAGAAGACGGACACCGGCUUUGUCACUUCUCACUUCUCAGCUCCAUCCAUUUCAAAAUCCCUAAAUCGCAUUGCAUGUACGAUCUCCCAUGUCCGUCUAAAGCCGUUGAAAUUAAAGAAAAAAAUCCAUUAUCGCUGAUUCCUUCUCCGUCGCCGAAACCGUUGAUCAGUCGAGACGUUUAUAUUUUUUGAUUUCCCAUUAAAAGAAGGAGAAUAAAUGUCGUGGCUGCGAUCUGCAGUGAGCAAGGCGGUGGAGGUAGGGAACAAGAACAAUCUCACUCGCACCGUCAGGAACUAUGCCGACACCGUCGUCCAACACGCCGGCCAAGCGGUCGCUGAAGGCGCUAAAAUCUUCCAGGAUCGCAUUGGGGCUCGGAAUUACAAAAGUGUUAAGCAGACUGUCAAAAGAUUGGAAGAAGCAGCUAUCUCUUGUAGAGGUCCUGAAAGAGUUUUGUUACUGAGAAGAUGGUUGGUUGUACUCAAAGAAAUUGAAAUGUUAUCUGAAAGUUCAUCUGAACAUGAAGUUAAGACCCUACAGCAACAACUUACUUCUGAUGAAGCAAAGGAUAAUCCAAAAAGACCAUCUUUGGUCAUGUAUUAUGAUUCUGAUAUCGGAGGUCAACCAAUGAGUUUUCGAGAUGUCUUUCUUCGAAGUCAGGCUUUGGAAGGAAUAACGCUGUCAAUGAUUCUUGAAGCGCCAAGUGAAGAAGAAAUUUCUCUGCUCCUUGAGAUGUUUGGGCUCUGUCUUAGUGGAGGAAAAGAAGUUCAUAAUGCAGUAGUGAGCAGCAUACAGGAUCUGGCUGCAUCAUUUUCAUGCUACAAAGAUGAAGUACUGGUGAAACGGGAGGAGUUGCUUCAAUUUGCGCAAGGUGCCAUUUCAGGGUUAAAAAUCAAUGCUGAUUGUGGAAGAAUAGAUGCUGAAGCUUCUGAGUUGAAGAAAAAACUUGAUGCAAUAUCUGCUUCCCACAAGCCUGUAAUUGAGGGUGAAGAAAAGGCAACAGAGGGAACUGUCAGUAUAACGAUAGAGGCUCUAAAGGAGGCACUCACUCAAGUUCGGGUUUGUUCCAGAUUAGAAGGACUUCUUCUGAAAAAGCAAAAUUUAAGUUCUGGGGAUUCUCCGGAAAUUCAUGCACAAAAGGUUGACAAAUUGAAGGUUUUGUCAGAAUCCCUCUCUAACUCCUCAACAAAAUCCGAGAAACGGAUUUCGGAGCACAGAUUUCAAAAAGAGGAGGCACUGAAAGUACGUGUGACCAAGGCUGAUGAAGCUAGUGAAAAAGAGAAGGAACUAGCAGCUGAGAUUUCCAAACUUGAAAAACAUAGAGAUGAACUUGAAGCUGAACUGAAAAAGGUUAAUAUUUCCUUGGCUGCUGCUCAUGCACGCCUUCGUGAUGCCAGGGAAGAGAGGGACCAGUUUGAAGAGGCUAACAAUCAGAUUGUUGCACACUUGAAAACUAAGGAAGAUGAGCUGUCAAAAUCAAUUGUUGCAUGUAGAGCAGAAGCUGAAGUUCUUAGUACAUGGAUUAAUUUUCUCGAGGAUACUUGGGUUCUCCAAUGCUUUUAUACAGAAAUGAAGGAGAAGCAGGUCAAUGAUGAGCUAAAGAGACAUGAGGAGUAUUUUGUGAACUUGGCCAUUGAUCUCCUCUCUGCUUACAAGAAGCAUUUGGGGCCGUAUAUCGACCGGAUUGGGAAAUUUGUGGAGAACCUAAAGAACUUGAGUGGGGGGUCAGAGAAGAUUUCUAGUGGAGAUAGUGAGGAUUCUAAAGUAUUAAAUCCAAGGAAAAAUCUUGAGGAGGAAUAUUUAGCCUAUGAAGCCAAGAUUAUAACCACCUUCAGUGUUGUCGACAAUAUGAAAGAGCAGUUCUACCCUCAACAAGGGGCAACGUCAAGGAAUGAUGAUCCAAGGGUCAAAGAGCUAUUCGAUGAUAUUGAGAAGUUGAGAAAGGAGUUUGAGUCUAUUGAGAGACCAAUUCUAGAAAUAGAGACUCCAACCCUGAAGGCAGAAACUCCAAGAGAGAAGCCCAAGGAAAGUCCAUCCCAUCCCCCACAGGAGGGAGUUAGCUCACCGAAACAUGAGACACCCACGCACCCUGAGGUGCCUGCAGUGAAGACAGCGCAGGUAUUGGACCAUGAAGCUGAACUGGCAAAGCUGGAAUCCGAGUUUGGGAAGGGAGCCCAAGACUACUCAACUGAGGAGAUUGGUGACUGGGAAUUUGAUGAGCUUGAAAAGGAACUAGGAGUUGGUGAUUCAACAUAAUGAAACUAAAGCUAUUCAUUUAUACUGGUAUAAAUCUUUAUGAUAAAAGCUGUGCUUUUUAAACCACUAGUUUUUGUUUGUUGCGACUUGUCUGUAAAAUGUAAUGGAAGCCUUCUGUAAAUUGUUGACCUUUGUUUGUUGUAAUAUGAAACUGCUGAAAGAAAUAAAUCAAAAGCUCUGUUCUUAAUUUAGACAA